AUGUGGCAAUUUGUAGCGCUCGUUUUAGUUGCUCAAUGCCUUAUUACAUUUAGCCUAAUAGGUGGAUUAAAUGCCGAAGAACCAAAAGAUUUGUGUGUAGACUUAGUGUUCGCCGUUGACAAUCCAGCGACAAUAUCUGAAGAUCAAAGUGAGACCAUACAUAAACUUGUAUACAACAUACUUAGUGGGGUGGACAUCGGCUCAAAGAAAGCGAAGGUAGGCUUAAUAACAUUUGGUUAUUCAGCCAAAGUGGAGUUCGGGAUAAAUAAGUUUAAAACAAGACAAGAUCUAUCAGAAGCUAUAAGGGAAGUCACUACAAAGAAAUUAAAGCCUAAAAAACCUGAUCCAGGGUUGGCCCUUUGGGACGCCUUAAGGUUGAUUGGACGUAAUGCAGAAUUACUUAAAAACAAGGCGACUGAUGCAUUUUCUGGGAACGCUCGUGGACGGGUGUUAGUUAUAAUCACGUCAUAUUCUGGUAUAUUAUCAUCCAGGCUAGUGAAAGCUGUGAAGCAGAUGAAUAAAAUUAAACAAGAUGGGAUACUUCCCCUUCUGGUUCAACUUGACACUAAAUCACCAGGAAUUCGAACCAAUCGAGUCAAGCCAUUCAAGAUACUGUUGGAUGAAGACAACUACAUUAGGGAAAAUAUAUCUGAGGCUUCUCUUAAAAUAGCAAAUGUCCUUGACAGUUUCAAAUGUGGAUGUCAAGGGACUGCCGAUGUUUGUUUGACUAAGGAAUGUGUACAAGCAGCCGCAGCCAUGAUAAAAGCUAUGGACGAAACUGUUGAUCCAUGUGACGACUUUCAUGAAUACGCUUGUGGAAGAUAUCUGAAAGAGAAUGUUAUCCCCGAGGAUAAAACAAGUAUCGGACGUUUUGUUACACUAGACGAUGAAGUCCGACUAAAAUUACGUGCAAGCUUGGAGGAAGAUGUUGGCCCUAAUGAUAUCAAAGCAACAAUCAAGGCUAAGGACAUGUAUGCCGCGUGUGUGAAUGAAACUCUAAUUGAGAAUCGACGAAUGACUCCUAUGCGUGACUAUAUCAACAGCCUUGGUGGUUGGCCAAUACUUGGAAAUGUAUCUUGGUCCACCUGGAAAGAAAACGAAUUUGAUUGGCAGUCUCUGGCUGCGCAGACAAGACGGCUUAGCAUAUUCGCUCUCAUGUCCCCGAUAGUUGAUAUUGAUUCCAAAAAUUCUUCUGUUUUCAUUCUCAAACUAGAGCAUGCUUAUCAACUUGGAAUGCCUGGCUCUAAUUCUCGAGAAUAUCUUUUAAAUGGACGGAAUGACACGUUUGUAAAGGCAUAUGAAGAAUGGAUGGUAAGUUUUGUGAUGCUCAUGAAAGAAACUGACGACAAGACUAUAGAGGCUAAAGUGCGAAAGGACGUCGGGGAUGUGAUUGAUUUCGAUAUGGAAAUUGCAAAUAUAACUAUUUCAAAAGAAGAACGUCGUGACAGGGAAAGAUUUUACAACAAAUGGACUAUUGAGUUUCUUCAAAAAAAUAUCACAGAGGUUGAUUGGCUAAGAUAUUUCAACAAAGUGUUUGAAGGUGUCAACGUAACCAUCAAGAAAGAUUUAGAAAUUAACGUUGCAGUACCACAAUAUAUUCGGAACUUAAUAGCAUUAGUAAACAGAACACCAAAACACGUCGUGGCCAAUUAUUUACUGUGGAUUGCAAUGACUGAUGCAGGUGGUUUACAUCUUUCAGUAGGGAUUGAUUUCAAAGAAAUCAAAUAUAGAUAUAAUGAGGUCUUAUUUGGCAGUACCCUUGAUAAGCCAAGAUGGGAGUUGUGUACUGUGUUCACUGCAGAUUAUCUAAUAAAACUACCUUCAUCAAGGUUAUACCUGGCAAACAACUUCAACCGUGAAUCUAAGAAAGUUGCCCUGGAUAUGGUUCAUGAACUAAAACUCUCUUUCGCUGAGAUGGUGAAAGAAUUGGAUUGGAUGGACGAUGCCACAAAGAAGGUUGCCCUAGACAAGUUGGAAGCGAUGCGAAUGAUAAUAGGAUUUGAAGAUUUUAUAUUAGAAGAUGCCGAGAGGCUUAAUAAGGAAUAUGAAGAGUUGAAAAUCAACAGAGGCCAAAUGUUUGAAAGCGUUGUCGAAGGCAUGUACUAUUUGGCGAAUAAUGGUUUAAAGAAAAUUGGUCAAUUGGUUACUGACGAAAAUAGCGGUCUCAGUCAAGCAUUACCACCUCAUCAAGUGAAUGCCGCGUAUGACCCUUCGCUAAAUCAGAUGAUAUUCGCAUCCGGGAUUCUACAAGGGCUUUUUUUCAAUAAAGAUUUUCCAAAAGCUCUUAAUUUUGGUGCUAUCGGUGUCGUCAUUGGACAUGAGAUGACACAUGGAUUCGAUGACGAAGGUAGAUUGUAUGACAAAGACGGAAACUUAUUCCAGUGGUGGUCAGAAAAUGUAAUUAAAGAUUUCAAAAAACGUGCUCAGUGUUUCAUAAACCAGUAUGGAAAUUUCACAAUACCAGAAAUAAAUAUGAACUUGAAUGGCAUCAACACACAAGGAGAGAAUAUAGCUGACAAUGGUGGUUUAAAACAAGCAUUAUCGGCAUAUAGGAAUUGGGCAAAACGACAAGAUGGAAGGGAAAAUGGACUUCCUGGAUUGGCCUUGAGUAACGAGCAACUUUUCUUCCUCAGCUUUGCUCAGAUAUGGUGUGGAAAAGAAAGACCAGAGCAACUGAUAAAAAGAGUCAGAACUUUACGACAUCCAAAUGGAAGGUUUAGGGCAUUUGGAACUCUACAAAAUUGUCCGGAUUUUUCGGAGGCCUUCAACUGUAAGAAAGGAGACAAGAUGAACCCUGAGAACAAAUGCAAACUAUGGUAGAGCCAAUAGUAGAUCCUGGAAUGGUAGGAUGACUGAGAGUGCAUACUAGGAUUAUGGAAUACAUGCAAUAGAAUGAUGGAGAGCAUACGUUUAAAAUAUAGUAGUGUAGAUUCCAGUGUUAUUAUUGUUAUCAAUUAUAAUUUAUCAAAUUCUAAAAAUAUAAAUCGAAUCUUGAAAUACUUCUUCUGUAUUAUGUUUGCUCUUGGAGUAUUAAACCAGAGAACCAAUGAUGUCCUUAUAUUAAUUAUUUGUCACUAGUCCGGUAACCAGAAACAAGACUAUUUAUUCUUGGCCUUGAGAUGAGGAAAGACCUAUUAUAUUAUUAGUGACAUUAUCCAAAAGGAUUUUAAAUUAGAUGAAAUAAUGCUGAU